AUGACUGACAAGGCAAUUAAUAGAAUGUUAGGAAUGAUGAAGAAAAUGUGUCCCAAACCAAAUAAUGUUCUUGAAUCAUUUUAUGUGUGCAAGAAGAUGUUGAAAGGUCUUGGUUUGGGUUAUAAAAAUAUUGAUGCUUGUGUUUAUGACUGUGCAUUGUUUUAUCAAGAACAUGAGAAGAAAGAUAAAUGUCCAGUGUGUAAUGAGCCAAGGUAUAAGGACAGUGAUUAUAAGCAAAUAAAGAAGGUUCCUAGAAAAGUGAUGCGAUACUUUCCUCUAAAGCCAAGGUUACAAAGGUUGUUUAUGUCGAGACAUACAGCCAAUGAUAUGAGGUGGCACAAGGAUAAACGACUUAAUGAUGAGAAUAAAAUGAGGCAUCCAGCUGACUCUAUCGCUUGGAAAGAGUUUGACAAAAUGUACCUCAAUUUUGCUCAAGACCCACGGAAUGUUAGAUUGGGCCUUGCAACUGAUGGGUUCAAUCCCUUUGGGAAUAUGAGCACGUCGUACAGUAUGUGGCCAGUUGUUUUGUUUCCCUAUAAUUUGCCUGCAUGGAAGUGUAUGAAAAAACCAUACUCUAUGAUGACAUUGUUAGUUCUCGAACCUAAAGCACCUGGAAAAGAGCUUGAUGUAUAUUUGCGUUCGUUAGUUGAUGAGCUUAAGGAAUUGUGGGAAAAUGGCAUUCAAACCUAUGAUAAGAUGAGUGAGUCUACAUUUAAUAUGCAUGCAGCUGUUAUGUGGACCAUCAAUGAUUUCCCGGCUUAUGGAAAUUUAUCAAGAUGGAGUACGCAUGGUAGGUUGGCAUGUCCAGUGUGUAAUGAGGAUACAUCAUACACAAGGUUGAGAGUAAAAUCAAAGGAUACACUCAAGGCGAGGUUGGAUUUGCAAAACAUGAAUAUUAGGAAGAAUUUGCAAAUGAAGCUGAAUGAUGGCAAUAAAUUGGAUAAGCCUCCGGCCAACCAAUAUAUCACGAAUGUGAUUGUCGAUGAAGGGAAAAUAUCGGGUUUGAAGAGUCACGAUUUUCAUGUGUUGAUGCAACAUGUUCUUCCUUUGGGCAUAAGAAAACAUUUGAAAAAGCAAAUUUGUGAGCCACUUGUUGAGUUGUCAAGUUUCUUCCAACAAAUAUGUGCAAAGACAUUGACUGUUACAGAUCUUGAUAAGUUGGAAGAAAGCAUUGUGAUCAUAUUGUGCAAACUAGAGAAAAUAUUCCCACCAGCAUUCUUCAAUGCCAUGGUCCACGUGGCUAUUCACUUGCCUUGUGAGGCUAAAUUAGCAGGACCAGUUGGGUGUCGUUGGAUGUAUCUUGUAGAAAGGUUGUUAGGCACGUACAAAAAAUAUGUGCGUAACAAAGCUCAGCCUGAAGGCUCUAUUGCAGAAGCUUACAUAGCGUACGAAUCUUCAACAUUCUGCUCAAUGUAUCUAUGUGAUGUUGAGACAGAACUUACCCGACCUGAAAGAAACAGUGAUGGAGGUGAUCCCAGUGCGAAGCUUUUAGUUUUUGCUCAAAAAGCUCGUCCAUUUGGAGGUCAUCUAAUGGUUGAAAUGUCAAAAGAAGAUAUGGAAGUGGCUUAUUGGUAUAUCUUGGACAAUUGCGACGAAAUUGAAGACUUCAGAAAUAAGCAUAUUGAGCUGUUGGAAAGAGAGAGUCAUGAUAAUUUACAACGAAGGCACAGGAAGUUGUUUCCCGAAUGGUUUAGGCAUAAGGCCACGACAUUGUAUAAUCAAGAACCUAGAUUGGUGAGUGAAGAGAUUUUUGCAUUAGCCCAAGGUCCCGAUCUUCGUACUGUCCAAUAUAUAGGAUGUGUUGUGAAUGGCAUUCAGUAUUUGGUAGCACAUGUUGAUCGAAACUGCACAACACAGAAUAGUAGAGUUAUGACUCCGGGGUCGCACAAUGGCGAGGGUUGUGAGUUUUACGGCAGCUUAAUCAAUGUCAUAAAAGUGCAAUUCAAAAGAGGUUUCAAGGUAGUUCUUUUCAAGUGUCGUUGGUACAACACUGAUGCCAAAUGUAAGAAAGUUAUUCAUGAUUAUAAUUUGACAUCAGUGAAUAUAAACAGUCAAUGGUAUGGUAGUGAUCCAUAUGUGCUAGCUACACAAGCACAUCAAGUAUUCUAUAUGGAUGAUCUAAAGUUGGGUCAUCCUUGGAGAGUUGUUCAGAGGAUUCAACAUAGAUAUGUGUGGGAUGUUCCUGAGAGAGAUGAUGAUGAAGAAGAUGAUGAUGAAGACGACGAUGAUGAUUAUAAUGGUGAAAUAAGAUUGGUUGAGGGUGAUGAUGAUGAAGCUAGCAUAUCAUUAUGUAGAGAUAAUGUUGAUCCUGAAUCUAUUGAUACUAACAAUGAUGAGGUCCGAAGAAUGCUAGCAAGUAAUGAUGAUGACGACGACGACGACGACGACGAUGACAACAAUGAAUUGCAACUUGGCUAUUAUGAUAAUAGUGCAACAAGUGAAGGAUAUAGUGAUUUAGAUUGA